AAAAAUCGAUAUGGCUUUACCAGAUGAGAAUCCGAACGCUGUGACGCAUAUUCGGAACAAUAAAAUUGCUCUCCGAGCAUGCAUUUCCUAUGAAUAUUUGAUUGGAAAAUCAAGCUUUGAGGCCUACAAAUCAUUCUGCAAGCAGAUGGGCGAUGAUAUUAUGGAAUAUGGAGAAUUCGAUUUUUGGUUCUAUACACUUGGAAAAGAAGGAGUCGCAUUGGAUAGUGAGAUAAGUUGGAAUCCGAAAUCCAAAUUGCUUGGUGACAUGCCGAAUGAGAUUCUCGUCAAGAUUAUGGACAUCCAGGAUCCGAUCAAUCGAAUCGUUAUUCGCAAGGUUUCACAACGAUUUCGUUCGCUGUUUGAUGUAAUGGAUCCGGGAUUCAAAUCGUUCAAGUGUGUGCUUGAUACUUCGGAAGUUGAAGUUGUUCUGAAAGAUAACUACACGCCGCGCGACGACUCCUAUUCUGAAGCUGAUGACUAUAACUCCGAAUAUGAGGAUGAUUAUGAUGAUUAUGAAAGACUUCUGAAGGAUACGAUCAUAUACGAUGAAGAUAUUCGUGAAAAAUCCCAUGUAAACGUCAGAUGUGGAAAUCGAGUUAAACAAAUGAAAGACGAAUUGUACUAUGAAAGAGCUGCCAAGGAUCUGCUAGUGAUUCUGAAGAAUCCGAAGCUUCGUCUUGAACAGUUCAUUUUCAAAUUCGGUAGUUCGCUCGCAUAUAGUGAUCUCAAUCAAGCUGAAAAUUUCGCAUCGAUUCUCAAAUCAUGCUCACCGAUUCACGCCAAACAAGUCAGAGUGGAGUAUCCUGACCUUGCAUUUGAUGCAUCGAAAAUUCUAUCGCUGUUCCAACCAAAAGCGCUCACUAACAUCAAACUGAAAUGCUCUAAUUUGGCUGAUAUCUCUGCAAUCUUCGAACUGGAACAGUGGAAAAAUGCGAAAUCGGUGGAAAUUAAUAGUUUCACCAAAUUUCCAAUUGGAAAUCUCUUCCAUUUGUCUCAAUUCUCAGUCAAGCUGGAAUCUUUCUCCGUUGACGAUGCAAUCAAAAUUCGAGAUAUUCUCUUGAAAUCUCCUUCAUUCCAAAGCGGCAAAUUCACUUCAUAUUCGUCGAAUUUUCAAGAGAUGCUGAAAGUCUUCGUGCCACGUUUUGACGGCCUGAGUGGCUCACUUGUAUACACCAACAAGAAGUUCAAGUUCAUCAUCGAAGCUCACAGAGGCUUUAUCAAAUUCGAGAAAGUCGGAGCAGCUGUUUAAUUUUUUGUUUAACUGUCCCAAUGUCCUAAUGUUUUAUUUUUUUGUUGAAAAUUUAAAUUCUGAUCUGUU